UAUUAGUAAUUACUUUAAAGCAAUUAACAAUUUAUUGCCCUCUUUACUUCAGUUCACUCUUGUUAAUGCAUUUUUUCAUCUGUUUGCAAAAAUACAGCAUUGAUGCAGCGAGAGAGGAUGACUCAAUGGGAAGACUUGUUAAUGAUGAUCAUAUCAACCCAAACUGCAAAAUGAAACGAGUGAUGGUGGAAGGAAAGCCCCAUUUAUGCCUCUUUGCGGUCAGAGACAUACCACCUGGAGAAGAGGUCACAUAUAAUUAUGGAAAUGGUGACUGGCCUUGGAGGAAUGAGGUGCAUAAGAGCAGCAAAAGCUCAGAGGGAAGAGCAGGCGGAGGUUCUACUCCUGCGCUGCUGUUGGACGCUGAGUCUGUGAUGGUGUUGGAGGAAGCCUACACUCCGUCUUGGGAGCGGACAGAUGAAAUGUCUAUUGCACACAGUACUGAACACCUUUCACAGCAGGCAUCUGCACACACCACUCAGGUGCAGAAAAGCAGUGGAGUCAGCAGUGAAAGCUCAGAGGGAAGACCAAGCAGAGCCUCUACUCCUGCGCUGCUUUUGGACGCUGAGUCUGUGAUGGUGUUGGAGGAAGCCUACACUCCGUCUUGGGAGCGGACAGAUGAAAUGUCUAUUGCACACAGUACUGAACACCUUUCACAGCAGGCAUCUGCACACACCACUCAGGUGCAGAAAAGCAGUGGAGUCAGCAGUGAAAGCUCAGAGGGAAGACCAAGCAGAGCCUCUACUCCUGCGCUGCUUUUGGACGCUGAGUCUGUGAUGGUGUUGGAGGAAGCCUACACUCCGUCUUGGGAGCGGACAGAUGAAAUGUCUAUUGCACACAGUACUGAACACCUUUCACAGCAGGCAUCUGCACACACCACUCAGGUGCAAGAAAACAGGAUUUCAGUCUCUGAUUCACUUAGCUUUGAAAAGGAAGAAAGAGUGCGUUCUACCGUUCCAAAAUUACUUGGAACUGAAAGUGUCAUUCAUGAUGAGACCAUACUUGCUGUCCGUGAUGACCGCUCCAUCAGUAGCAUUGAAAACAGUGAGGAUGAAUAUGUACCCGACUCUGCAGAUGAGAGUAGUUCAGAUGACAGUACCUGCACCCAUGAGAGAUCACCAGAAUGCAGACCCCCACCACAGCAAGACUCAGCCGUAAUCAAUGUGUCCUCCCUUCCUGAAGAAUGUGGACCCCGACCACAGCAAGACUCAGCUGUAACCAGUGUGUCCUCCAGUUCUGAAGGUAAAAAGAUAAAGCACUUUUCCAACUACUGUGCACAGGUGCCAGACAGACAAAAAUCAACCAUGAAAGAUAUAGUACAGAGCCCGCUGCUCUUCCUGGGUCUCGUGGAGUUUAGGCAAAACAUCCAGGUCCUCCGAGGAUUGCACGGACUGUGA